AUGAAAGAUGGGCUGAGUGAGGCUGGCCUCCUGCUUCCCACCGGUGACAGGGCGUUUCUGUAUUUGAAGGGAUCCGUGGGAAGAAAUUCAGCCCCGGCAGCAGUCCCCAGCAAGGCUGUGGGUCUGUGUCCAGUCCCUGUAUCUGUCCCUGUGGGAGAGUGCCUUGCUGCGCUGUCCCCCGGCAUCAGGGAAGCUCUGCAGAGGAACUGGCCAGAAAGAGGCCCUGGAGCCGUGGGCGGCCACAGAGGACAGUGCUCCAGUGGAGAGCCCUGGGUGUCAGCGUGGCCAGGCCAAUGCCAACUGUGGGAAGUGGGAGUCUCCAAGGGUGAACCAGUGAGGGGUUUUCCCGAGUGGCCAGGCUCCCAGUUAGAACUGUCCUGCCUGAAUCCCUUGCUGCCUGAUUCGCUGCACGCCCUUCCUCAAAACCUCCUGAAGGAUGAGACAAGAUGUGACCGCCGCAACCAGCUAAAGCCUGUGCUUUCAGAGCAGACGACAAAAUACAGGGACAUGCUCUCAAGAAUAAAUUGUACAUCAGAUGGUCUGCAGAUAACUCUGGGGUUGUUGGCUCUAUGA